AUGCAAAGCCUACUCUGUUUUGCCCUCAACCAUGCUGAGCUGCAGAUGGGCACUGAAUAUGACACAGAUUUCGACACAUCACUGGGUUCUGUUCAUGUUUUGCAGGGGAUUCUUGGUAGGAUCUAUGAGACGUUCAUCGUGCUCUCAUUGCUAGCCGUUGUCGUGUUGGGCCUGGCUUUCGUCGCUUCAGCAAUAUUCGACCACGAUCGGUGGACGCAGCGGUCACUACUGAAUAUAAGGAACUACUACCUGCCGUGGUUAUACUCUUGCAUAUCAUUCCUUGGAGUGCUGCUUCUGCUUAUUUCGACGCCAUGGGGCUUUGCUAGACUCUUCACAGUUGUUGGCGAACUGGUUGUGAAACCAAAGUUCAAGAUGCAGCUGGAUGAGGAGCUGAGCGCAGCGCGGCUCGAGGAGGCCGACCUGCGGCGUAAGACUGCCAACGAUGCGGCGCAGCCAACGCAUGCGCUGGACCGACGGAAAAACGGCGCCGGUCUACGGGCCGACGACGAGAUCGCCGAGCGUCUGCAGCAGCAGACGCUGAAGUGCGAGAUGCUGGAGCGUCGAUGGAAGACCUCCCCCUGGCGGAGGAACCUGGCGUACCCUGUGGUCAUGCUGCUGCUGCUCUCCCUCACCUGCAUCUCUGUGCUCAUGGUCGCGCUACAUUCCCUGAAGCUGCUGAUGGACGAUAAAGCUCUGCCCGCCGUGCAGCAAAUCAACAUUGGUGACGCGUCGCUGUCUGCGUUUGGACCAGUGGGAGCGGCCGUGGAGAUCAUCCUCAUAAUAUACUUCAUGCUGGCGUCCCUGGUCGGGUUGUACAGUCUGCCGCUGUUCUCGCGUCUGCGUCCGCGCGUCAACGACACGACGAUGACUCAGAUCAUCGGCAACUGCAUCGUGCUGCUAGUGCUCAGCUCUGCACUGCCGGUGCUGUCCCGCUGUCUGGGUGAGUGA